UCGCGUAAACAAGUACAUCGAUCAAAUUUAAUAGUUUUGUUAGGACGGCGAAACGUGUCCUCGAGUAAUUAAAAUUAGGUAAACGACCCGAUCCAUCAAAUUUAAUAGUUUUGUUAUGACAGUGUUAACAUUCCAACCGCCGUUCGAGGGUGGCCAAGACGCUAUUUAACCCGGCCGAUUUCGCAGUGUUGAUCAUUCAAAAAAUCUAACUCUUGAAUCGGACUUGCAGCAUCCGCUUCUUUAUCGAAGAUGACAAAACGACCGCUAGAAGACAUCGACUCGGCUAUAAAACUUAAAACAUUGAAAUUGGACGACAACUAUGAGCCUAAAGAGGAUUCGAUUUUCGUAUCGUCCAGCCUCACCGCCGACGUGUCUGCCUCUCUUGUAUUCGACUAUGUGUUGUCGAAAUUCGUUAUCGAGCUGAGAAAAAACAAAAACGAAAGAGAAACCAGCGUAUGCUUAUCAGAACGCAACAUACAGGGCUUGAUAGAUAAACUGCCAAUGGCAAUAAAAAUUGCCGAAAAAUAUCAACAACGUCAGUCAUCGAGGUCGUUGGAUAUACCCUUCGAAAUUCCAGGGGAAGGGACAAACGAAAUGACGUUAAUGAUGAGCGUUAAAGAAAAUAAUUUCGGAAAGACAAGAAAGUUUCAAAUAGAUAUUCGCAAAUGUUCGAUGAUUGGCGACUCGAUCCGUUACACUAAGGAUGGUGUAAGAGUGGACCUGGACGAAGCCAAUUUAGUUUUUGACGAGCUCAAAAAAUAUAUUGAAAAAAUUAGAGGAGCGGUCAAGAAUUCCCAACAGCUACUUAAUACGGCGUAUUGUUUGUUGGCUGUUCAGAUGAUAGAGGUGAUUCACCAGGGGACAGAGUGCAACGGCUGCGCCACCGAACACCCUAGUCAGCGUGAACACAUGGGGACUGGGGGCUGUAUGCUGGAAUGGUCGGAUAAAGUCCAGCUAUCCUGGUUUACAGUUCAAGCAAUGAUUGAGGCACCAAGAGUGGUAGCCGUCUGCCAAUCCGCCAGUUCUCGCCUCCCAUCCGUGAACAGGUUAGUGUCGUCUUCUAUAUUUUCGAUUUCUUUUCUCAGCAUUGACGAACUACAGCGGAAGGUAGAAGAUCGCUCGAGUCUGGAAGGCGACGAAAUGUAUAUUGCCUGCAAAGACACGGUUGGCGAAAACACGUUGCUCCCCAUCGAAAACGAGUAGAAUCUAUUUAUGUUAUGCACGUUUCAUAAUAUGAGUUAUAUAUUCAGUUGUAUAAUACUAUUAUGUAUGCUUGCUAUUGAAAUUCAAUAUAAAAUUGAGUAUGUAUGCUGCCAGGAACUCAAUACCGAUUACAACCAAGGUGGAUGAAACCAAUCAGAGGAUGAAGUAGGAUGUAUAAUUGGCCACCUUUGAUACUGUGUGCCUUGACCAGUAUGUUCUUGAAACAGCAUAUACCAGAAUUGACAAUUAUAUGGCUGGAAACCCGGAAGAAAAUGAAGGAUUAUUCCAGGAACAGACAGCUGGUUAGCUGGUGUUGGGGCUAUCUUGGAAAGAAGUGAAGAGAUGUCUUACCAGCAUGUGCUGUAAAGCACACAAGACAGUACUACCCAUCAGCACAAUUCAGUAGAUUUUGUGAUGGAAAUUUAACAUUUUCUAAUUGAAAAUGAUUUUAAGUGUAUUUGAUAAUUCAAGAUAAUACUGUGAAUAUCUUUUCCUUUUUAAAUAUGUUUUCAGAAGCAUGAAGAAAUCUUGUCAGCAAUGGACAAAACGAUUCAAUAUCAAAAGGAACUAUCUCAAGCUGCAGUUCAAUUCAAUUCAAACAACAAAACUAAAGACAUCCUAAGUGACUCCUUUUCAGAAAUAGCUAAAAUCACAUUGACUCCUUUUGAGAAUUCAAAAGAAAACGAUAUGAAAUAGGAACAUUUUAAACAUUUAUAUGUGUUGUUGUUUUUUGCUUUAUGUGUGUGUGUUUAAUGUUUUGAUUUAAAAGUAUCUUCCACUAA